AAGUGAGCGUUGAUUAUCGGCAACAGUCAUAACGUAGAAGCCAUGACCAUGCUCAGAACUAUUUCAAUUUUGGCCCUGCUGGCAUACACUGCGGUCACUAUGGCAGAAACAAAACCUAUUCUUUUCAAGGUUUUCGCACCCAGCGUUGGCUAUUCCAGUGGAAGUUACCAAAACACCGUGGGGCCCUCGCCCUAUAACACUCAGUUAAUCUCUAGCCUCAUCUCUUCCAAAAUUCAGCUGCUCAACAGCGUAACGCAGGCCAAGUCUUCCGUCGGGGGCUUUCGUAUCGGCUUGAACAAGUCAGUCACUUUCUUCAGCUCCACAACCACGACGGAUAAGCCUUUAACACAUCACACUACGGAGGUAAACACAGACUUUACUCCGGAUGAUACUAGCACUACUCAACUCGUCUAUACGAAAACCACAGUAGGUGCUGAUAAAACGCCGAGUCCAACAAUACGUCCCGAGCAUCCAGUCCAUACAAGCAUGACUUCAGUGAUCCCAAUCGACCACACCACGUUGUUACCUGAAGUCACCUCUACGACGACCGCAACGACUGGCUAUUUCUAUACGACUUUUCAAUCUCCCAGCCAUUAAUUGCCCGCUAUUCUUUCUUAAGCCUAAGUAAAAGUCCAAGGAAACUUGUACGCAGCAGUUCAAUUUAAAUAUAUUAAUCUUAGACAUAAUCCGUAUCCAGUAAACUGUAGAUUUCCGAUUCAACCACUUUUUAAAUUA